GGUCCAGUUUAGGGAAGAGUUAUAGAAAACAUGUCCUUUUUCCAGAGGCCUUCCUCUUUUGAAUAUUGGCAACAUGAAAUACAUUGAUCAUUGGCAGGAGACUGAACAUAGGUCUUAUUGAAAUUAUGAACUUUUGACAUUGAUUCCAAUGCUCCUAAUCCAAGUCACUUACUUUAAAUCCAGCCCCUGUCUUGUUUCCAUGCUGAAGGUUUUCUCUUCCUGCCUUAAAUGUUUUCUCUUCCACUUUGCAUUUGAUCUCUAGAAUUAUUAACUUUAAACUUUCUGGUUGUAAGUAUAAGAGAAUUCUAUCUGCCCUUAGCCUCUUUUAUUUAGUUACUAAUGAUCGUUUUUACCACCUUGAGUAGUUUUUACAUUAUAGCGUUGAGCUGGCUUGAACAUAUGCUUGAAAGGGUAUAAUUAAAAAAAAAAAGGGAGAGUCUGCUGAAGUUAGCUUUCUAAAGAAUUUAUAUGAUAAAUUACAUAGAUUCCUUAGCAUAACAAAAAUCCUGCAAAUAAACAGUCCAAUAAAUAAGGAAAAGUGUUUGUCCAAAUUGUAAACAGCUUUACUAAAUCUUUCUUAGCCCUACCACAUUUUUGGGAAAAAUUAUGGACUUUUGACCGUAAUGAAGCAAUACUUGCUAAAUUGGAUUAAAAGCAAAUAUUUACCCAAUUCUUGUAAACAUUUGCAGUGGGGCAAAGAGCCAUUGAACAAAUAUACUUCCUUCCAAUGCUGUGAUUUAAAACCCAUGACGCCGUUUAAAAAUGUCAGACCAGCUCCUUCGAUGUCCAGGGUCUAGCUGCAUGUUGAAAUGAAACCAAUAAAAGACUCGAAGCUAACAAAUUAUUACUAUUUUUCUCCUGCUCUCUGAUUAUCUGUGAUCUUCAAAUAAUUUGCUGCUGCUGCUAUUGCUGACUGCCAGAUGUUUCUAACCUUUCAGUGAUUCCUCUAAACCUCAGCCACCUAAAAUCUUCGUUUUGCUUUUGCGUGCUGCUGCUGCUGCUUCCUCUUCUUCCCUGAGAAAACUUAAGAAAACUUGGACUCCCAAAAGGACAGGAGGCAGAUUUAAAAGAAAAAGAAAGCUGUCCAGUAUGAAUCUUAAACUAAGACUGUGGACCAUUCUGUGGUUCCCCCUGUACUUUUUGAUAAAUGUGUACAGUGCCCUUGUAUUCAUACCAUGGUAUUUUCUUACAAAUGUGAAGAAGAAAAAAGCUAUGGCAAAGCGUUUAAAAGCUAAGCCCAUCUCUGACAGCCCCGGAAGCCCCUACCGAUCCAUUUCGCACCUGGAGUCGUUAGCCACCAUAGACUUUCCUGGGGCAGACACACUGGACAAGUUGUUUGACCUUGCCGUAACAAAGUUCGGGAAGAAAGAUUGUCUUGGAACAAGAGAGGUCCUAAGUGAAGAGAAUGAAAUGCAACCGAAUGGAAAAGUGUUUAAAAAGUUAAUCCUAGGAAACUAUAGAUGGCUGAACUAUGAGGAAACCAAUCAGAAAGUGAACCACUUUGGGAGCGGGUUAGUGGCACUUGGACUGAAGCCCAAAAGCACCGUUGCUGUAUUCUGUGAGACUCGAGCCGAAUGGUUUAUCGCCGCCCAAGCCUGCUUCCGAUACAACUUUCCUCUUGUUACAUUAUACGCAACCCUUGGAGAAGAGGCGGUAACCUAUGGAUUAAAUGAAUCUGAAGCAUCGUUUCUAAUCACUAGCUUAGAUCUUUUGGAAGGCAAACUUAAGAAUGUACUGUCAGAAAUCCCCUGCCUCAAACACAUCAUUUAUGUGGAUAACAAGACUAUCAAUAAAUCAGACUAUCCAAAAGGGCUGGAGAUUUAUAACAUGCAAGCAGUGGAGGAACUUGGAGCGAAACCAGAAAACUUAAGCAUCGCUCCAUGCCGUCCUGGUCCUACAGACAUGGCCCUGGUAAUGUAUACCAGUGGCUCUACAGGGAGGCCAAAAGGGGUCAUGAUGGUACAUAAAAACUUGAUAGCUGGAAUGACUGGACAGUGUGAGCGAAUACCUGGCCUGGGACCCAAUGACACGUACAUUGGCUACUUGCCUUUGGCUCAUGUGUUAGAACUGACAGCAGAAAUUUCCUGUAUUACUUAUGGCUGCAGGAUUGGAUAUUCCUCUCCGCUCACCCUGUCGGACCAGUCAAGCAAAAUUAAAAAGGGAAGCAAAGGAGACUGUACUGUUCUGAAGCCCACUUUGAUGGCAGCUGUGCCUGAAAUCAUGGAUCGAAUUUAUAAGAAUGUUAUGAGCAAAGUUCAGGAGAUGAACUAUUUCCAGAAAACAUUGUUCAAGAUAGGAUAUGACUAUAAAUUGGAACAAAUAAAAAGAGGUUAUGAUGCACCUCUGUGUAACUUCCUGCUGUUUAAAAAGGUGAAGGCCCUACUAGGAGGGAAUGUACGUAUGAUGCUUUCCGGAGGAGCCCCUCUCUCACCUCAGACACAAAGAUUCAUGAAUAUCUGCUUCUGCUGCCCUGUUGGCCAGGGCUAUGGCCUGACUGAAACCUGUGGAGCAGGCACAAUUACUGAAGUAACUGACUACAGCACUGGAAGAGUCGGAGCUCCUCUCAUCUGUUGCGAGAUUAAACUCAGAGAUUGGCAAGAAGGAGGCUAUACGACAAGAGACUUGCCAAACCCUAGGGGAGAGAUUAUAAUUGGAGGGCCCAACGUCUCUAUGGGAUACUUCAGAAAUGAGGAGAAGACAGCCGAAGAUUUCAUCAUCGAUAAAAAUGGCCAGCGGUGGUUUUGUACUGGAGACAUUGGAGAAUUUCAUUCUGAUGGUUGCCUGCAAAUCAUAGAUCGUAAAAAAGACUUGGUGAAGUUGCAAGCAGGGGAAUAUGUGUCCCUUGGCAAAGUUGAGGCAGCCCUGAAAAACUGUCCCCUUAUUGACAAUAUCUGUGCAUAUGCCAAAAGCAACCAGUCUUAUGUUAUCAGCUUUGUGGUUCCAAAUCAGAAGAAACUAACGGCGCUUGCUGGACAGAGGGGUAUAUCUGACAGCUGGGUAAACAUCUGUAACAAUCCUAUCAUGGAGUCGGAAGUUCUGAAAGAGAUUAAGGAAAUGGCUAACAAAAUGAAGCUGGAAAGAUUUGAAAUCCCUGUCAAAGUGCGUCUAAGCCCAGAGCCCUGGACUCCAGAGACAGGGUUAGUCACAGACGCGUUCAAACUGAAAAGGAAGGAGUUGAAGAAUCAUUACCUCAAUGACAUUGAGCGGAUGUACGGAGGGAAAUAAAUCUCCAAAUCACCUGCCAUCAGAAACCGUGCAUUGUUUCUUCUAGAACUGAGUGAUGAAUUAAUUUCCCAAAGAGUGGUGGUAUUUCUAAACGGAAGUGGCAUUUCAUAAAACAGUUGAAAAUUGCACUCUGUUACAAAGAAGGAACAGCUGCACUGGCUGUUUCCAAGAUCCUGUCAAAAUGACUGACCCACUGCCGUUGGUUUCAUUAGACCACGUCCAGUUCCAAAUGGCUGUGUUCAUAUGAAACUCCCUCACUGGAUAAACCAAUGUUUCUCCCUUUCUAUUCUGGCUUCUCUUACUCAAAAGCGAUUAGAUCAUCUUUGCGGAUCCCAAUGCGAUGACUUUAAAACGGAUGAAAACUCCGAGCCGGUUGUUAAGGCGACACCUGUACCCUGAAAAGGUGUUGAAAGGGUGGGGCAGAACCGAGUCCCCUCCAAAGCACUGCAUCGAAAAUGGCUAUCUCAGGUCCUUUGCUAGAUUGCUCAUUUUAAUGUGAUUGUCGUUGGUGGCACUAAGAUGAAGAGGGAUUCCUCUUGGGAAAAUGGUACUUUUACCCAACUGCAAACUGACAGUCCAGCGCCACUACAAUUCCCAAUUGGGGUCUUGCACCACGUGCCAAGCUUUUUCCUUCCUGCAGUUUAAUGAUCAGCGGCACCAUCAUGCCCAUCUCCGCAAUGAAAUUGUUCCCACAAUGCUGAAUUUUUAUUGCUGAUCCCCUAAAUAGGCACAGUAGGUGGAGGGCCGUAGUUUCAGCUGCUAAAGAGAAUGGUGGUGGUACUUUUUAAAGUCACAUUUGUUCCUGCGUUGAAAAACGUCUUUCACUGCCAUUUGGUGAGCACAGACUUAAUUCUCUCGUAUUUAUUUAUUUUUCCACAAAUUCUUGUAUCCUCUAAAGAAAGAGGGAAGAAAUGCAUGGUAGUAUUCAGAUAUUUAGAGUGCCUAAAACAGAAACCAUCCUCACGAGCAGAGGAAAAUUAAGACAUUCCAAUCAAUGCAUUUCAAGCCCUCUUUCGAAAGAUGACAAGUUGAUGCCUUUUGUCAUCUCUCACAUGACUUUGGCUUGUAAUAAGAACACUGGCCCAACUGUCACAAUAACACUGGCAUCUUUUCCGACCAUUUAUUUAUUUGCACUUGCUUCCUUUAAGAACGAGCGGCGCAAAACAAGUCCUGCGGUUAAAGUAGUCUGCGUACUGUCUGUUUUUUGCAGAGCGUGAUGCUUUGGAAUGUAUGCGCCUCUUCCUCUAAGCACAUCCGCACCAUUGAUAAAAUCCUUGGUUCUUGUUGGUUCUUGUUGUUGUUUUUAUUUGAAAAGGGCAUUUUAAUUUAUCUUUGACUAUGUCACAUAAAACAAAUCACAUUAAAAUGGAUUUCUCUUGUACGCGAGUGAUGUACGUAGCCUCGGGAACUUUUUGUUUUAAAGUGUUUGUAAAGGGAAAGUUUUUGUCUGCUAUUUUUAUUUAAAAACUGGAAAUCCUCGAUGUAUUGAGGGCGGGAGGGAGAAAGAAAUAGGACAGCAGUCUCCUGUGUUCCUGUGUGCAUUAUUCAACGGAAUGUCUUUCGUGCGCUCGGCUUCUCUCUUCUUGCUGGUAGUUCACACUUGAAACAGACGUACAGAAAAGAACGUGGCUAUGAUGAGAUGCUGUUCUCCUGUGCACUUUUGAUCCUCUUCUGUAUGUUGCUUCCAUUUUUGUACAGAUGUGGCUUUCGGUUGCAAUGUGUUACCUUUGAUGGCUCUAAAGUAUUUAUAAAAUAGAUUUUUCUUUUAUUCAUUAUGCUUUAAUGUGUAUAUUAUGGUAAAAAGAAAAAUAAUUGGAUAUUGUUCAGAGAAUGAAGGGAUUUUUGUAUGAAAUGUUGUCCAAUACACAACGGUUUUAAGCACAA